AUGACCCUCCUGACACACCUGCUGGUCUGUACCUUCGGGAUAGGCUCCUGGGUGGCCAUCAACGGACUCUGGGUAGAGCUGCCCCUGCUGGUGACAGAGCUGCCUGAGAGCUGGUACCUGCCCUCCUACCUCACAGUGAUCAUCCAGCUGGCCAAUGUUGGCCCCCUCUUUGUCACCCUGCUCCAUCGCUUCUGGCCUGGCUGCCUUUCUGAGGUGCCUGUCAUCUUCACUGUGCUGAGUGUGGGCACAGUUGCCUGCAUCCUCUUUGCCUUCCUCUGGAACGUCACCUCCUGGGUGCUGGGUGGCCACCACAGCAUCACCUUCAUGGUCCUCACCUUCUUCCUGGCCCUGGUGGACUGCACCUCCUCCGUUACCUUCCUACCUUUCAUGAGCCUGCUGUCUACCCACUACCUGACCACCUUCUUUGUGGGUGAAGGACUCAGUGGCUUCCUGCCUGCCCUGGUGGCUCUUGCCCAGGGCUCGGGUCUCACCACCUGCAUCAACGUCACUGAGACAUCUUACACCACACCAAGCCCUAACACCACCGGGACGACUGACAUCACACAGGGACAUAAUAGCACUCCUGUGCCUGGCCUUUCUGGAACAGAGCUCUCCUCGGUCCGUCUGCAAAGCCGCUACCUCCCCGCCAACUUCUCGCCCUUGGUCUUCUUCCUCCUGCUCUCCUUCAUGAUGGCCUGCUGUCUCGUCUCCUUCUUUUUCCUCCAGCGUCGUCCCAGGCACUGGAAAAUCUCCACAGAAGACCUCCUCACCUCCCAGAUCACUCUCUACUCCCUCCGGUCACUGAAAGAGGACCUGGGCUCCCCAGGCCCGGUGGACAGCAGUAAGAGCCAGGGGCAUCUGCAGGAGAAAACAGCCCGCCAUUACCCGGCCCACCUGAUCUUCAUCUACAUCCUGGUGGCCUUUGUGAACGCACUCACCAACGGCGUGCUGCCCUCUGUGCAGACCUACUCCUGCCUGUCCUACGGGCCUGUUGCCUACCACCUGUCUGCCACCCUCAGCUCCAUGGCCAACCCUCUGGCCUGCUUCUUCUCCAUGUUCCUGCCUAUCAGGUCUCUGCCAUUCCUGGCGGUCCUUACUGUGCUUGGAACUGGCUUUGGGGCCUACAAUAUGGCCAUGGCCGUGAUGAGCCCCUGCCCCCUCAUGCAGGGCCACUGGAGUGGAGAAGUCUUAAUCGUGGCCUCGUGGGUACUUUUCUCUGGAUGUCUGAGCUAUGUCAAGGUGAUGCUAGGCGUGAUCCUGCGCGACCGUAGCCGCAGCGCCCUCUUGUGGUGUGGGGCGGCGGUGCAGCUGGGCUCACUGCUCGGAGCUCUGCUCAUGUUCCCGCUGGUCAAUGUGUGGCAGCUCUUCUCAUCCGCUGACUUAUGCAACCUGCAGUGCUCCACCUAG